GAUCUGGCAACAGGAGGUCUUCAGUGCCCCCUAGUUCUCCUCACUGUGAGCUGUCUGCGGCUCAAGGCGAGCGCCGUCAUGUCGAGCGCGCCAGUUAAAGCCUACCUGGAUAUUCUGUCGCAGCCCAGCAGGGCUGUGCUGAUCUUCCUCAGACACAACCGAAUCCCUCACACGGUGCAGACUGUGGCUCUGAGGAGAGGAGAGCAGAAGAGUGCGGAGUUCACACGCCUGAACCCCAUGCAGAAGGUUCCUGUGAUUGAACACGGGGGCUUUGUUCUGACUGAGAGUGACGCAAUACUGAAAUACCUGGCGACGGUGUACGACGUCCCGGAGCACUGGUACCCCCGCGAGCCGCUGCAGAGGGCCCGGGUGGACGAAUACACGGCCUGGCACCACUCCAACACACGCCCGCACGCUGCCAGGGUCUUCUUCAUGGAGGUGUUAAUGCCCAGUAUGUUGGGCCGUCCUGCUGACCCGGCGAAGCUGCAGAAAGCUGUGGAUGAGCUGGAGCAGACUAUGCAGAAGCUGGGUGAGAUGUUCCUCAAGAGGCAGGCGUUCCUGUGUGGAGACGACAUCAGCAUCGCUGACCUGCUGGCCAUCUGCGAGAUCAUGCAGCCUCUCGGUGGAGGUCGGGACAUCCUGAAGAAUCAUCCGAACCUCCAAAGCUGGAGAUCCAGGGUGCAGGCGGCUCUCGGGGAGCCGUUUAUCGAAGCUCACGGCAUCCUUUACCGGCUCAGGGACAAAACCGCAGCAAGGCUGUAACCCAAACGUGCUGGAAUGUUCCAGGGGUUUAAUAAGGCGGGACGAUUAAAGCCCAAAUGGAGUGUCUAGAUGAGCUUAGCUGGGUCUCUCUAUGGGAAAAGUUCAGGGUGUCUUUGGAAAUCUCCACCAUUGCGCUCUGUGGUUAAUCCAGUUCCAAAUCCAGAGUAAACGAAUACAUUUUCCCGUCUGCAAACCGCAGGGAAGGGAGGUUCAGUGGUUGCUGUGCUGUUCUUGAUUUUUUUAUGUGGGCUAUAAAAUGAAUAUCUAACAAAUCAGGAUAAAAACGAUCUCAGCCCUGCCUGAUCCAGGAAUUACUUAAGAUCCGUAAUCAAACUGCUUUCUGAUACAGGCCUCGGCGUCGUAGAAAAACAGCCAAUAUUAAUAAUAAUAAAUGACUUUAAUCUGGGAAAUAUACUAUAAUGUGACUGUAAUAUGGUUGAGCAGUUUCUCUAAUAGCUGAAAUCAUCUGCUACAGCUUCAGUAUUGAUGGGCUGGUUUUGGGAAUAUUUUAAAUCGCUCGGACUGACUGAGUGCUCCAUUGAUUCUGUGCCUAAUGUGCCUUAAAAUGUUUUUUUUUUCCCCAAAAAACUGUGACCGUACGUAUUGUAAUAAUAAAUAAUGUCAGAAUGCUU